AUGCUGCUGCUGCUGCUGCUGCUGCCCCUGCUCCGGGGGACAAAGGGGAUGGAGGGAGACAGACAAUAUGGGGAUGGUUACUUACUGCAAGUGCAGGAGCUGGUGACGGUGCAGGAGGGCCUGUGUGUCCAUGUGCCCUGCUCCUUCUCCUACCCCAAGGAUGGCUGGACUUAUUCUGACCCAGUUCAUGGCUACUGGUUCUGGGCAGGAGACAGACCAUACCGAGACGCUCCAGUGGCCACAAACAACCCAGACAGAGAAGUGCAGGCAGAGACCCAGGGCCGAUUCCAACUCCUUGGGGACAUUUGGAGCAACGACUGCUCCCUGAGCAUCAGAGACGCCAGGAAGAGGGAUAAGGGGUCAUAUUUCUUUCGGCUAGAGAGAGGAAGCAUGAAAUGGAGUUACAAAUCACAGUUGAAUUACAACGUUAAGCAGCUGUCUGUGUUUGUGACAGCCCUGACCCACAGGCCUGACAUCCUCAUCCUAGGGACCCUAGAGUCUGACCACCCCAGGAACCUGACCUGCUCUGUGCCCUGGGCCUGUAAGCAGGGGGCGCCACCCAUGAUCUCCUGGAUUGGGGCCUCUGUGUCCUCCCCAAGCCCCACUACUGCCCGCUCCUCAGUGCUCACCCUUAUCCCAAAGCCCCAGGACCACGGCACCAGCCUCACCUGUCAGGUGACCUUGCCUGGGACAGGUGUGACCACGACCAGGACCAUCCGACUUGAUGUGUCCUACCCUCCUUGGAACUUGACCAUGACUGUCUUCCAAGGAGAUGCCACAGCAUCCACAGCCCUGGGAAAUGGCUCAUCUCUUUCCGUCCUGGAGGGCCAGUCUCUGCGCCUGGUCUGUGCUGUCGACAGCAAUCCCCCUGCCAGGCUGAGGUGGACCCGAGGGAGCCUGACCAUGUGCCCCUCACGGUCCUCAAACCCUGGGCUGCUGGAGCUGCCUCGAGUGCACGUGGGGGAUGAAGGGGAAUUCACCUGCGGAGCUCAGAACGCUUGGGGCUCCCAGCACAUUUCCCUGAGCCUCUCCCUGCAGAAUGAGGGCACAGGCACCGCAAGGCCUUUAUCAGAAGUGACACUGGCGGCGGUCGGGGGAGCUGGAGCCACAGCCCUGGCCUUCCUGUCCUUCUGCAUCAUCUUCAUCACAGUGAGGUCCUGCAGGAAGAAAUCGGCAAGGCCAGCAGCGGGCGUGGGAGAUACAGGCAUGGAGGAUGCAAAGGCCGUCAGGGACUCGGCCUCUCAGGGACCCCUGACUACAUCCUGGAAAGAUGGCAACCCCCCAAAGAAGCCUCCCCCAGCUGUUGCCCCCUCCUCAGGGGAGGAAGGAGAGCUCCAUUAUGCAAUCCUCAGCUUCCAUAAAGUGAAGCAUCAGGACCCGCAGGGACAGGAGGCCACUGACAGUGAAUACUCGGAGAUCAAGAUCCACAAGUGAGAAACUGCAGAGAUUCAGGCCUGUUUGAGGAAUCACAACCCCUCCAGCAAAGAAGUCAGAGGCUGAUUCUCAUAGAACAAGAACCUCUAGAGCCCCACGCUAUGCAGUAGGUCACCAGGGUUCCCUCCUCCUGUCUAACCAAAACUUGGACCAACGUCUCCCCUUUCCACCGCUACCCGGGACCCAUCCCUGCCCCUAGCUUCUACUAUCCACCAUUCUCCUCUCGACCUCUCUGAGGUUGACUAUUUUAGAUUCCACAUAGAGAUGAGGUCAUGUGGUACUUGCCUCUCUGUGCCUGGCUCAUUUCAUACAACAAUAUAUCCCCUAGGUUCAUCCAUGUUCUCUCAAAUGACAGAAUCGUGCAUUGAAUAUUCUUUUUUCUUUGAGAGAUGGAGUUUCGCUCUGUUGCCCAGGCUGGAGUGCAGUGGUUCGAUCUCUGCUCACUGCAACCUCCACCUCCCGGGUUCAAACGAUUCUCCUGCCUCAGCUUCCCGAGUAGCUGGGACUACAGCCAUGUGCCACCAUGCCCAGCUAAUUUUUGUAUUUUUUAGUAGAGACAGGGUUUCACUAUAAGUGGGCCAGGCUAGUCUCAAACUCCUGACUUCAAGUGAUCUGCCUGCCUUGGCCUCCCAAAGUGCUGGGAUUUCAGGCAUGAGCCACCGCACCCAGCUUACACUGAAUAUUUUCAAGGAGCUAAAAGAUUUUAAAUGGUCUCACAAAAACAGAAAAAUAUUUGCGCAGAUGGGUGUGCUAAUCAUUGUGACUUGAUGGUUCCAUGGUGUAUCUGGGUGUGGAAAUCUCACUGGGUCUGUCUCAAGGCCACUCAGCUACUCAGGGCUGGGCUGGAAUUUAAAGCCUGUCCGGUUCUGAGGUCUCUUCUCUCAUCUAGCACUGAGUCAAGCAAUCAGCAGGCCGGGCACCCCUUGGCCAUAAGUUUUCAGGAAAUAAAUUCCUUGAGGGCAUUGACUUUUACAAAAGAGGGAGCAGCAAUGGCCUAGAGUCUCAGGAACGAGACAGGUGCACUGAGGAGAUGAAGGCCGGGACCCCCUGCCCAACCUGUAUGGCGGGUCUGUACUUAUUUUGUUUACCCCCAAUUUAAAAAUUUUUUUAAUUGCAGGUUGUUUGUUUGAUACGGUUUGGCUGUGUCCCCACCCAAAUCUUAUCUAGAAUUGCAAUCAGAAUUAUAAUCCCCAUGUGUUGGGGGAGGGACCUGGUGGGAGGUGAUAGGAUCAUGGGGGUGGUUCCCCCAUGCUGUUCUCCUGACAGUGAGUGAGUGAUCACGAGAUCUGAUGGUUUUGUAAGUGGUGGUUUCCCCUGCUCUUCUCUCUUGCCUGCCACCAUGUAAGAUGUGCCUGGUUCCCCUUCUGCCAUGAUUGUAAGUUUCCUGAGGCCUCCCCUGCCAUGUGGAACUGUGAGUCAAUUAAACCUCUUUCAUUUAUAAAU